UUAUUAUAAGUUCCUGUCAGUUGAAGAGUAGCAUUAGUUGCGAAAACAAGUCAAAAUGCAUAGCUUUUUGAGUGUUCUAGCCGUCCUAGCGUUGGCAAUCGCCACCGUUGCGGCCAUUCAGAGUCCGGACAUCGAUCCGAAGACGAUCGAUUGGAACACCGUACGUACCCUACGGGAAACGGACAAAUUCCGUGCCCGGUUUGGAUUGGCCCCGCUGAGUGAUGCUGAAAUCCGCAGGUCGCGUAUCUCCGGAGGAACCGUUGCCUCUUCAACCGAUAUCCCAUGGGCUGUCGGAGUAUUGAUCCACGGAGGCACCUCGGGACACCACUUCUGCACCGGUGUGUUGAUCUCGGCUCGAUUCGUCCUGACCGCGGCCAAUUGCGUUCAAGGUGAAACCGACAUUGCCAUUGCUUUGAAUGCUGCGAACAUGGCCAGUAUUGGAACGUUGAUCGCUGUGUCCAACGUGGUGGUUCAUCCAAACUUCAGCUGGCUGUUGGGUCGUGAUGAUAUUGCUAUGCUGACUUUGAGCCGAGAUGCUCCCAUCGAUAACAUCACUAUCCGCCCAGUUCUGAUGCCACGUCGAUCGGACGCCAGCAUGUCCUUUGUCGAUUGGUCAGCUACGACGGCCGGCUGGGGUAACACCGGAAACCGGGACGACGAACCGAUUCCUACGCAGUUUUUACAGUUCGCCUCAGAUAGUGUUACUUCGAACUUGAUUUGUCAAUUGUCCUACGCAUGGGUCAGAAGUACGCACAUCUGCGUGUCGACCGACAACGGAGGAGCGUGCAACGGCGACGAGGGAGCUCCGGUGACGGUUCGCGAGGCCAACCGAAUCUUCCUAAUUGGUCUCCACUCGUUCCACUACAGCGGUAUCCGUGGAUGCGACCGUGGACGGUCGACUGUAAACACCCGUAUUACCGAGUACCUCGACUGGAUCCAGCAGAACAGUGAUGUUGUGAUUCCGACCAUUUUCUUAUCGAUCGAUAAGAAAACCUCAAAUCCAAACUCAUCGUGCCUUAUCCCUUGGGAAAUUCCUCAAAACCAAAUGAGCCAUCAUAAACUCCUCUCAGUUGAAAAAAAGCAUCCAUUGGAAAAACAAGCCAUGAACAAUUUCUCGAGUGUUCUACUCGUCCUAGCGCUGGCAGUCGCCACCGUCAUUGCCGUGCAGAGUCCGGAUAUUGAUCCACAAUCGAUCGAUUGGACCAUCGUUCGUACCCUUCGGGAAACGGACAAAUACCGCGCCCGAUUUGGCUUGGCCCCACUGAGCGAUGAUGACAUCCGCAAGUCAAGAAUCUCCGGAGGUACCAUCGCCACUCCAACCGAUGUCCCAUGGGCUGCCGGAGUACUCAUUCACGGAGGCACCUCGGGACACAGCUUCUGCAGCGGUGUACUGAUCUCGGCUCGAUUCGUCCUAACUUCUGCCGAUUGUGUUCAAGGCGAAACCGACGUAGUCGUUGCUUUGAAUGCCGCUGACAUGGCCAGUAUCGGAACGCUGAUUGCUGUAUCCAACGUGUUGAUUCAUCCGAACUUCAGCUCACUGUUGAAUCGUGAUGACAUUGCCAUUCUGACGCUGAGUCGUGAUGCUCCAAUCGACGACACCACCAUCCGUCCAGUUUUCAUGCCACGUCGAUCGGACGCAGGUUUGUCCUUUUCCGGAUGGUCUGCAACGACGGCUGGUUGGGGUACUACCGGGAACCGAGACAAUGAACCUAUUCCGACGCAGUUUUUGCAGUUUGCCACGGAUAGCGUUACGUCGAAUAUUGUGUGCCAAUUGUCCUACACUUGGGUCAGAAGUACGCAUAUCUGCGUUUCGACCGAUAACGGAGGACCUUGUGAUGGUGACGAGGGAGGUCCAGUAACGGCUCGCGAAUCAAAUCGUAUCUUCCUGAUUGGUAUCCACUCGUUCCACUUCAGCGGAAUUCGCGGAUGCGACCGAGGACGAUCGGCCGUGAACACCCGUAUCACCGAAUAUCUCGACUGGAUCGAACAAAACACCGAUGUUGUGAUUCCUGCGUAAAUUUCG